AUGCCUGUUCGAGAUCCAAGAGCUGGACGAGCGUUCGUAUGGGUGAUCUCAUGGUUUUUAUUCCUCACCAUAGCCGCGGGCGGCGGCUGCCUUAUAAUGUACAUGAUCUUACCGGAAACAAACACCACUUCAUGGCUUCCAGUAGUCGGAAUUACCUUGGUUUGUCUCCCUUGGUUCUUUUGGCUGUCUACUUUCUUGUACCGAGUCCUUUCCCGGGUUUUCGGGUUCAGGAUUGGCAUCGGCGGCAACAACAACAGCAACAAUCACACCAACAAUGUCAUACUCGAGGAGGAAGAGGCUGCCGUGACGGCGGCUACUUCGGCGUCUUCUUGUCAUUCUGACCAGAUAACAGAGUCUCCAGGUGGCGGACAUGGCGGGGAAAGACGGGUGCAAUUCGAAGCAACAUUGACGGUACAUGAGAAUGAUAUUGAAAAGGAUGAUAUUGCAGAUCACGACAGAAGUAAGGACAGCAUCGUUUCGAAGUCUUCGUCGUGUUCUUCGUCGAGCAACUCGAGCGUCUUGUCUCAUGAGAGUGAACUACCUUUGGCCUCAUCAAUGGGAUCUUGA